AUGCACUUAACAAAAAACUCAUCUUUGAGCGAAAUUGAGGAAAUUAUUGCUUACAGUUAAUCAAACUUAUAAAUUCUGUUGAAUAUGGAAGCAUUUAUGAAAUAUUUGAGAGCGAGCGAUCCAUUCGCAAUUGAUUUUCUUUCUAGGAAUGUGAAGCAAAUAUUCGACAUUUUGUUCGUUGACUAUGAAAAGGUUUAAACUGAGUACUUGUCUAUCUAUAGCGACUUGAUUACUAAGAUCUUUGAGAUAAUUGACACGAAAUUAGAGCCUAUAAUGAAAUAAAUAGAAGUAAUUAUCAGAUGUUAUAAUAGAUUAAUUGGGAAGUGAUAUUUGAUUUGAGAUGGAGAAAGGCAGUACCAGAUACUUAAUGGGGAAUGGCUCAUAAAUUUUUAGAGCUGAUGAAAGAAAGAGACAAGAAAUUCGUGAUCGAUCAAUUUCAAAGACCUAACUUUCUAGUUUCCUUUCUCCCAUUUAUACAUGUUAACAGUGUUGCCUAAAUCGUAAUAAUCUUUUAUGAGUUUGGGUUUAACUAAUAAUAACUAGAUUUUUUAAAAGCAGGUUUUGUCAUAUUUUAAAAUUUUGAUUCUUGUAGUGCUAUCAACUUUACCUACAUUGUUCAUGAAAUAAUGAUUAGGAACUUAAAUGAUGCUCAAGUAUCAUAUGUCCUAAAAGGAGAAAUUCAAAAGAAGAUGCUUUCUAUAAUUGUAAGAGAUGAAAUCAAUCAUAUGUAAAAUAUAUAUUUAUUUUAAUAGUACUAAGAAGAAUGCUGCUCAUAUUCUAUCAUUAGUAUCUAAUUAUUAUUCAAUGAGUAUGUAGAAUAUCUAAUUGGAAGAACCAGAGACUUAAGAAAUUAUAUAAAAUUUUAGGAAUACUGAAUUCUUUUAGUCUUUUGAAGUCUAAAUAAUAGGAUUAGCUUUGAAGCAAUCACUACUACAUUAAACUAAGGUUGGCCUAUUGAACAUUAAGUUGGUUGAAGUACUAAAAUAUUAUUAUAAAUUUUAGAUCGUUGACAAUUUAGUCAGAAUAACAGAUAUCUAACUAUGGGAAAGGGUGGAAAAGACGAAUAUCAUGGAAUUGAUAUUUAGUUUAAUGCAUAAGUUUAAUAAAUCAGAUAUUUUUAUAUCUUAUGUGAGCAAUAUGGUUUAGUUCAUCUUUGAUAGGGCAUUAAACGACUACCAUCCAUAUUGGGCAUCCAAACUAAUAUUAAAGAAUAAAAUACAUGAAAAACAUCAUAGAUAAAUUGACAAUUAAAUUUAUUAAUUUGAAUAAAAAUUGUCCCUUAAGCUAAUAAAGGAUGGAGAUUUCUUGCCAUACUUUGAUUAUUUGAAAUAGAUAGAAGAAUAAUUGAUGGUUUCUCAUAAUUGGAGAACAUUGAAGGUAUAUUAAAUGAAGCAGGAGGAACGACAUAAGAAUAAAUUAGGAGAAGAUCCUAGUAGCCCUUAUAUUGAAGAAAAGUUUAUUGUAUCAGCCCUGGAAGUAGAGGAAAACAAAUAUUUAGAUGAAGAUGGAAUUGAUGAAUAAUCUAACAAUAUUUUUAUUAAUUGUUAGAGUAACUCAACUCCAAAAUAAAAUUGUCUACAAAUCACUCAAAAUAAAUUCGAAACUAUCCCAAUUUUAAAUGUAGAUUCAGAAUCAAAUUCGGAAUCAUAUAUUAGUGAGAGUGAAGAAUCCAAAGAGAAAAAGAAUAUUUGGGAUAAGAGUGAUGAAAUUCAGUGUAAUACUUUAAAUGAAUUUGAAAAGGUUUUGAAAGAUAUGGGUUAUAGUACAAAUUAUUCAAACAAACUAUCCUACUCUGAUCCAUUAGAUAAUAAAGAAAUGAAGGAUAGAGCUCUAUCCCUUUCGUUUAAUAAGGUCAAGUAAGAAAAUACAGCCAUGAACAAUUCACUAAAUCAUGAAUGUGAUAUUCCUCCUCAAGUGCCUUAAAGGAGAAGUUCAUUAUAGCCAGUGUCUAAUGUUAAGAAAUUAAACAAAGAUUUCGAAGAGUUCCACAUUGAUUUCUUAAAUAAUCAAAAAAUACUCAAAACAAAUGAUAAUCACAUUUUAAAGGUUGAUGAGAUUGAUCUUUAAAAAGACUCUCCUUAAAAAUUAAUGCAGGUUGUAUUUUAAAAAUAAAACAAUGAGAUUGUAUUCAAAACAAAACUUGUGGAGAAACCAAAUUCUGAAAAAAGUUUAGGAAAGAAAAUUGAAAAAGUUGAAGAUAUAAGGUUUAGAUAAAUUCAAGAAAAGGAUUUACAUUUUUUAGAGUUUUUAAAUAAUCAGGAAUGA